GUCACGUUCACCCUCUCACCCUCUGCUAUUCUUCGGUGUAAUGAUGCAAGUUGUCGUAUUUGUUCAGGAGAGAUUUAAGGCAUUACCAAUGGAGUUAUCAAUGUAGAGGAUGCCAAUAUCAUGCUCAUGCAAAUUGCGCAACAAAGACCAAGGAAAUCGAAACUGUGACCGGAGUUGAGGUACUUGAUAUGACCAAUCUAUUUCACUUGCCAAUGCCUGACGAAUCAGUUAAUCUAUUCAAUCAAUUUGUAGAGCAACUCAAUGUCCCAACAGUCAAUCUAAUCGAUCAAUUUGUGGAGCAACUCGAUUUGGAACACGCAAGCAAUAAGAUAGAAGCAAAGCUCUACAAUUCUAUUCAUAGCCAUCCAUUGAUCCUUUUCGAUGUGGAUAGUGAAGAUAAUUUGUGUUCUAUGAGCAAACUAUCUAUUCAUAAUGAUGAGCAGAAAAAUGAAAAAAUAUGUGAUGCUUGUGUGCAACCCAUCUCGGUUCCAUUUUAUAGUUGUAGUCAUAGUCAAUGUGACUUCUUUAUGCACAAAUGGUGUGUCGAGCUACCCAUUGAGAUACAACACCCAUGUCACCCACACCCUCUCUCUCUCGACAAUAGGAGCAGUUAUUUUGGAUGGUUUACAUGCAGAGGUUGUGGCAAACAAUGUAACGGAUUUACCUUUCAAUGUACUACUGAUGAGUGCAAUUUUAAUGAAACUUUCUACCUCGAUGUGAAGUGUGCUUCCCUACUGAGCUACAUUGUGCACGAAUUUCAUGAGCACCCUCUGCGCCUAAGGCCCAAUUGUACCAUUGAAGGUUGUGUUGCAUGUGAUCGAUGUAACUCAACAUUUUCAUACGGAUGUGGAAUUUGCAAUUUUCACUUACACAGCAAUUGUGCUUUAUUACCGCGUACAAUUAAGCACAGGUAUGACGAACAUCCCUUUUCCCUUAUUUAUGCUCCUAUUAAAGAUGGUCCAGACGAAUACAUUUGUGAAUUUUGUGAGGAAGACAUUGACCCAAAGUGGUGGUUCUAUCAUUGCAUCGAUUGCGACCAAUCUGCUUGUGCUAAAUGCAUUUACAAGGAGGAAAAAGAAUAUUCAAAUAUCAAGUUGGGGAUAACUAAAAAAUUUAAUAGUCACCCACAUCCCCUUGAUUUGGUUCAAGUGGUGAAUAAGAGCUCGAUAUGUGACAAGUGUGAACAAAAAAUUUUUGGGGUUGAAAAUGGGAUAGCCUAUAUGUGUGUGCAGUGUAGCACUAAGCUCCAUGUAGAUUGUAUUCUCUUCCACGAGAUGUUUUGUAAUACAUAAGUAACUUGAGUAAUUAACAGUGCAUACAUUUAUUGACUCAA